AUGGUGGACCGUAGGAACGGUCUCAUGGUGGCUGAAAUUGAGGAACUGAGGGCAGCUCUGGAACAGACAGAGAGAGGCCGCAAAGUGGCUGAGCAAGAGCUGGUGGACGCCAGUGAGCGUGUUGGACUGCUGCACUCUCAGAACAAAAGCUUGUUGAACUCAAAGAAGAAGCUUGAGACCGACCAGGGUGAGGUGGACGACACCGUCCAGGAAGCCAGGAAUGCUGAAGAGAAGGCCAAGAAGGCCAUCACUGAUCUUAAGAAAGAGCAAGACACUAGUUCUCAUCUGGAGAGGAUGAAGAACCUGGAGGUCACAGUGAAAGACCUGCAGCUUCGCCUGGAUGAGGCUGAGAACCUGGCCCAAGGCAAGAAGCAGCUCCAGAAACUGGAGGCCAGAGUUUGUGAUCUGGAAUCAGAGGUUGAUAAUGAACAGAGACGUGGAGCAGAGGCUGUAAAAGGUGUCUGCAAAUAUGAGAGGCGGGUCAAGGAACUCACCUACCAGACUGAGGAGGAUAAGAAGAAUGGUUGCAGACUACAGGAUCUUGUGGACAAACUGCAGCUGAAGGUGAAGGCUUACAAGAGGCAGGCUGAGGAAACGGAGGAGCAGGCCAACUCUUACCUGUCCAAGUGCAGGAAGGUUCAACAUGAGCUGGAGGAGGCUGAGGAACGUGCUGACAUCGCUGAGACUCAGGUCAACAAGCUGAGGGCCCAGAGCCGUGACUCUGGAAAGGUAAUUGGACGGCAAAGUACUGUUCACAUUAUUGCGCAAACAUAUAUCUUAGAAUUAACUGAAAUUAUUUGCUUGAAAAUGACUAUGUAUCUAAUUCCUAUAUUUUGUGUGCGCUGA